CAUAACACCUUAAUCUCAAAUUUUGAUGGAAUUAAGCAAAUCCCUGAAAUGCAAAUUUGUAAUUUUAGUCCAUACAUAAAAUUAAGGAUCUUGAUCUUAUUUUACAUUUUCUCUUGCAUGAUUGUGAACAAAUCACCUCCUUCCACGUGUCACCAACGAACUCCAUUCCAUAUAACGAUCAACAUGCAACUACCGAGGCCUCUGGCAAAUGGCAUACCUGUUUAUCCUCCUCAUCGGAAAAUCGGACCACCAACAAAACCAGCCUUCAUCCAAUUCCCAGACAUGCAGAAAGACAAGCUCCGGCGAACCAGACCCAUCAGCCUGGUCUUCAUCAUCGUCGUCCCUGCUGCGGCUGUCUUACUCUUACUCCGUCCAUGGAAUUGGAAAUUAAACCCCUGCAAUGUUCCAUCCAUGACCUCCUCAUUUUCUUCAGAUCAUGACACCCAACCCACCUUGUUAAAGAUCCUACUAGCCUCUUCCCUUGCUCUGAUCAUUGUUGCGGCAGUGCAUUAUCACCUCCGGAAGCUGAGGGAUCACAAGAUCAUCCCACGCCUCCGGUCACUGAACAAAGGCCGCGGCCAGAUUGAUGAGAAGAUCGAGAGGUUCCCUCAUUAUGUAGGUAAAUUGUUUGAUCUAAUACCUGUCCAUAUCUAACAAUCAGUCUCCUAAAUUCCAAUAUUUUCUAUAGAUAUGAAAAGAAAAAUAUUGAUUUUGA